AUGGAAUUCGACAGAUUGCCCGCUGUUUUUGAUGCCCAAUUCGACUCCUAUAUCAACCAGCACGAUGAGUUUUGUCUUCGGGGAACAAGGACUGGUGUGAUUGAUGAGAUUUCCCAAUGGGUCAAUUCCCCUACAGGGAAACCCAUUUUCUGGCUAAACGGCAUGGCUGGAACAGGCAAGUCCACUAUAACACGAACAUUGGCAAGGGACUUCAAGGAAUCAAACUUGCUAGGGGCUAGCUUCUUCUUCAAAAGAGGUGAAAGCAAUAGAGGCAGCAUGCAGUGGCUACUACCGACAAUUGCGAAACAACUGGCGCAAUCCGUUCCGGAGCUAAGACCGGGUAUUCUCAAUGCAGUCAGAGAGGAUCCUGAUAUUGCGACGAAGGGAUUGCCGGAGCAGUUCGAUAAGCUGGUUUUAGAGCCUCUCAUUGGUGUUAUCAAUUCUUGUCGUUUAUCGCCUAUUGUGAUUGUGAUAGACGCCCUGGAUGAAUGCGAGACACAAAAUGAUGUUGAAAUUUUGCUUCGCUUAUUACCUCGUAUCGGGCAGUCAAAACAUAUGAUCGCACGCGUUUUUCUGACUAGUCGACCGGAGAUUCUUAUCCGUUUGGGAUUCUCGGAGAUAAGCAACGAUGCCCGAGACCUCGUACUUCAUCAAAUCCCCGAAGAGGCUACUGAACACGAUAUUACAUUGUUCUUGCGGCACCAAAUGGCAUCUAUCAGAAGGGAGCGGCUUCUCCCAGCUAAUUGGCCCAAUGAAAAAGAUCUUCUUGACCUGACCAAAUUGUCUGUCCCACUGUUUAUCUUUGCUGCAACAAUGUGCCGUCUUUUCCAGGAUCAUCAAUUGGACCCAGUGGUUUGUCUCUCAGAGGUUCUAUCCUAUGGGGGCGAGGGAUCUCAAUUACAUGGGACAUAUAUGCCGGUUCUGAACCGAAUUUUGGACACGAGAGCAAACAAAGAACGAGUGGCUGAAGAAUUUCGAGCCGUAGUGGGUGCAAUUAUCCUGCUGGACAGUUCUCUCUCUAUCGCUUCGUUAUCUAACCUCAUCAAUAUUCCAGAGAGCGUGAUUGACACUAGGCUCAACUCUUUGCACUCGGUUAUUCGGAUUCCCAAAGAAAGAAAUAUGCCUCUCCGUCUAUUUCACCUCUCAUUCCGCGAUUUUCUUCUUCACCCAGACACGAAAAAGAAAAGCUUACUAUGGAUCGAUGAAGAAGAUGGGCAUUCAAAUCUGGCUCUAAAGUGUCUAGCGUUGUGCCGAAGUUUGAGAAGAAACAUAUGUUCAUUGCCCAGCGAUGGAACUCUGCGAAAAGAGAUUGAUCAGCGGACCAUCGAUAAAUGCUUUUCCCCAGAGACCAAAUACUCUUGUAGGUUUUGGGCACAUCAUGUCAAGAAGAGUGGUGAUAUGAUGCUACUGACUCGGGAAGGCUUCCAAUUUCUUCGUGAACAUUUCCUUCACUGGUUGGAAGCAAUGAACCUGCUUGGUUUGGGAUCAGAAGCUGUUUCUAUCAUUCAGGAUUUAAAGUCCGACAAGAUUGAAAAGUCUGAGAUGUAUUCGUUCUUGCGUGAAGGAGAACGCUUCGCGGUGAAUAAUCAAUUUAUCGCCGAUAAAGCACCUCUGCAACUUUAUAACUCAGCCCUUAUUUUUGCACCCAAGAACUCAAUACUCCGAGAUCUUUACCGUCAUGAAUUUCCUCAGUGGUUAAAGCUUCUCCCAGAAGUCAACAAAUUAUGGGAGGCGGGGUCGCGGCGACUUGAGGGUCAUAAGGGGGAGGAUGAUUUAGAACUCUCUCAUAUAGCAUUCUCCCAUGAUAGCCAAAUGAUUGCAUCAUGUGGAAGCAGAAGGGGCAUUUUGAAUGACAUUCAUGCAGUUCGGCACACAAUUUGGGUUUGGCAUGCAACUACUGGUGUAGUGCAACAUACUUUGAGCCUUCAGUUUGAUCGAACCCAUGGGAAUGUAUCCUCGAUUGCAUUUGCUCCUGAUAACCAGCUACUAGCCUGCCGUUUUGAAGAAGGAGAUGUCAUUGUUUAUGAUCUCAUUCAACGCACUGUGAUAAACACUCUGCUUUCACCCGGGCUGCUUCGGGCCAUGCCACGCGUUUUCACCACCACAACCAGCCUGGAGGCAAUAAGGGGAGUGUCUCCAAUAUCUAAAGAUGGCCGGAAGAUAGCAUACUCGCCACUUGGAGAGCCUAUUCAAAUAUGGAAUCCACUAACAAGUGAAAAGAUUCACCAGUCCCCAUUUAAUAAUGUCGGACCUAUCACAAUCUCCUCCGAUGGCCGGCUGGUCGCCUCGUGCCUAUUCUACAAUAUCCAUAAAGCUAGCUCCAAUAUCUUCAAUUCGUCUUCAAAUGAGGGGGAGACGGAGGUGUUUGUGCAGGCCGGUUAUCAAUUAGAGCGCAGGGCUGAUGUCGUUACGGCUUUGAAGAUCUGGGAUACAGUCACUGGUACAACAGAGGUCAUGGACUCUCCAUUUAACCACAGCACAAGUGUAUUGCAACCCUUGAGCUUUCCACAUAAUUCCGAUUAUUUUGACUGUGGUUAUUGGCCUCGUUUAACAUUCUCCCCCAAUGGCCAGAUACUCGCCGUUCAGUCGAAUCCAUUCAUCCAGCUAUGGGAUAUUCCCAAAAAAGCAUUGAAGUGGAAGCUCAAGGGCAACUCUGACUAUCUAGCAUUUUCCUUCGAUGACAUUUUGCUGGCAUCAGGAACCCGCUUUAAUACCAUUCGGGUGUGGAAUCUCGUCUCGGGCACCUUACAGCAUGUUUUCUGCGAUUUUGGGGGCCUUAUUUCUCUUACCCUCUCCCCGAAUGGAUACAUCUUGGCAUCGAAAUCGAGCGACGGCAUAAUCCAGCUCCGAGAUCUUGGUGUGAUAUGUGAAGAGACCGUCUCUGAUGUCUUCGAAUGGUUUGAGGACGAUAGACGACGCCAGGUUAUUCUUCGCCCAUCAGAGUUUUCUAGCUUCAACCCUCCGUCACCUUUCUCUAAAUCGAAUUACAGGACCCAGCAUCCCCUGGUCAAAAAAGGGAAGCUUCAAGCCAGCUCAUCACCGAGCCCACAAAAUAUCCGUCUCAUGGCGAUAUCUCCAGAUUGCCGAUUGCUCGUAUCCCUUGUAUACACUAUGAAUGAGGAUCCAUGGGCCCAACUUUGGGAUAUUAGCGAAGAUAUGACUUUCUCCCUAUGGAACAUGGCCCAAGGUUCGAUAGCACAUAUAGAUCUCAUCUCUAUGUCCCACCUUGACGUUGAUCCUCAUGAAGGCAAAUCGGUGUGGGUACUUGAUCCAUUAGUCGCAUUCUCUCGGAACGGCCGCGUCGCAUAUACCGGACCAAAUUCCGAUGGAAGGCUUGCUAUUAACCUCUGUGAGACGACCUCAGGAAUGCUAUGCCAUGUUCUAAACAGCCAGUCGUCGGGGUUUCGAUUAUUGUGCUUCUCACCAGAUGGCCAGUCGCUGGCGGCUGUUACGAGUCACAAGAAAAUCUCUGUCUGGGAUGUCAACAGCGGCAGGCUGAGCCAUAAUUUUGAUGAGAAAGAAUUCAUCAAUAAGAUCCAGUUCACUGUGGACUCUUCAGUACUCAUCUCUAAUCUAGAGCCCUCCAGACCUCAAGAUUGUCCUAUGCAUCUCAUCGGCCACCUAAAGGGUUUAAGUUGGGAUAUGUCAGUAACAUUGCGUGAUGAAUGGAUAAGCCACAGGGGCGAAGACAUUCUAUGGCUUCCUUCGGAAUUUCGCCCGCAUUUUGAUGUGCUGGUUGUGAAGAAUACUCUGAUCAUGGCCCACAUAACAGGGCAAGUGUCCUUUAUGGGGUUCGAUUUCACACAUUUGCAUGGUUCUUCGGCGAAUACAGAAGUAAGGAGAGACCUUUGA